CCUUUUUUUCUUCGGCCGACUUUGCGUCACGUGUGGCUUGGCCUCCGCCCCGCCCUUCCCUUGGGAUUCCCUCGGCCCAGGGCUUCUCCCACCAGUCGCGCGCCCGGCGCUAGGCUGCAAAAUAUCUGGAUUUUUCAUCAAAGAAGAAACAAUUAUGGCUCACACACGCAAGCCCCCUCUUGUGACAGGCAUUUCUCCCAAUGAAGGCAUUCCAUGUACAAAGGUCACCAUUCGUGGAGAAAACUUGGGAAUGGGCCCAACAGAUCUGAUAGGUUUGACCAUUUGUGGGCACAGUUGCAUUCUGACUGCUGAAUGGAUAUCUGCCAGCAAAAUUGUAUGUCGAGUAGGGCAAGCUAAGAAUGACAAAGGCGACAUUAUUGUCACUACAAGAUCAGGAGGCAAAGGAACUUCAACUGUUUCUUUUAAACUUCUGAAACCUGAAAAAAUAGGUAUCUUGGAUCAGUCUGCUGUCUGGGUUGAUGAAAUUAACUAUUAUGACAUGCGCACUGAUAGGAACAAAGGGAUGCCCCCUUUGUCUCUUCGCCCGGCUAAUCCUCUUGGUAUUGAGAUAGACAAGGGGAAGUUUCCACAGAAAGAGCUGGAAGCUCUAUUUCCAGGGAUGAGUGCUGAUUUCACCAGUGAAAACUUCUCCGCUGCUUGGUAUUUGAUAGAAAACCAUUCAACAACAAGUUUUGAUCAGCUUAAAUUGGCAGUAAUGAAUUUAAAGAAACAAGCAAACAAAAAGAAUGAAGGAAGUCUGCAGUAUGUCAAAGGAGGCCUCAGCACUUUUUUUGAAGCACAAGAUGCUCUGUCAGCAAUCCAUCAAAAACUGGAGGCAGAUGGAACAGAGAAAGUGGAAGGAUCCAUGACGCAAAAACUGGAGAAUGUUCUGAAUAGAGCAAGUAAUACUGCAGACACCUUGUUUCAGGAAGUUUUGGGCCGCAAAGACAAGGCAGAUUCAACAAGAAAUGCACUCAAUGUCCUUCAGCGCUUCAAAUUUCUUUUCAAUCUUCCAUUGAAUAUCGAAAGAAACAUUCAGAAGGGAGAUUAUGAUGUUGUUAUUAACGAUUAUGAAAAAGCAAAGUCAUUGUUUGGGAAAACUGAGGUUCAAGUCUUCAAAAAAUAUUAUGCUGAAGUUGAAACUCGGGUUGAAGCAUUAAGGAAAUUGCUUUUAGAUAAACUGCUUGAGACUCCUUCAACUUUACAUGACCAGAAGCGCUAUAUAAGAUAUCUAUCUGAUCUUCAUGCCGAAGGGGACCCUGCUUGGCAAUGCAUUGGUGCCCAACAUAAGUGGCUCUUGCAGCUUAUGCAUAACUGUAAGGAGAACUAUGUGAAAGAACAGAAAGGGAGUCUGUUGUUGCACAGCCCCAUGGUGGAUCUAGACAGCGAAAUACGUCCAUCAUCACUUGGUCAUCUCAGUCGGAGCGCUUCAUUGAAAAGAGGCAGCAGCAAUCAAUCCAGUCGUGAUGAAACAUGGAGAUUUAAGGCACCUCAACAAGUUGCAUUUGUUGAAAAACUGACAAAGCUUGUUGUGAGCCAGCUCCCCAACUUCUGGAAACUCUGGAUAUCUUAUGUGAAUGGGAGCCUCUUUAGUGAAACUGCUGAAAAAUCAGGCCAAAUGGAAAGAUCAAAGAAAAAUGCUAGACAAAGGCAAAAUGAUUUCAAGACUAUGAUUCAGCACGUAAUGAAUUCCCUGGUCAAACUGAUUCGUGGUGCUUUACUUCCAUUCAGCCUUGGAGAAAAUGAGCUCAGAGAUUAUGGUGGGUGGGAGAUGAAGUCUGAACUUUCUAGUCAGUGGUUGCCUCACGUUAUCGAGACAGUCAGGCUUAGCUAUGAAUCUCUUACUGCGCUUGAAAUACCAAAUGACAUGCUUCAGAUCAUUCAAGAUCUUAUUUUUGAUCUCAGAGUUCGUUGUAUAAUGAUUACUUUGCAACAUACAGCUGAAGAUGUGAAGAGAUUAGCUGAAAAGGAAGACUGGAUUGUGGAUAAUGAAGGCUUAACUUGCUUGCCAUCCCAGUUUGAGCAAUGUGUCGUACAUUCUCUGCAGUCACUUAAAGGAGUCCUGGAAUGUAAACCUGGAGAGACGAGUGUAUUUCAACAACCAAAAAUACAGGAAGAUGUAUACCAGCUGAGCAUCAACAUUAUGCAGGUAUUCGUUGAUUGCCUGGAACAACUGAGUACAAAACCUGACAGUGAUGUAGAUACUACACAUCUUUCAGGUGAUGUUUCAUCCUCAGAUUUAUUUGGAAGCAUCCAUGAGGACUCAAGUUUGUCUUUAGAACGAAAGCUUUUAGUUGUGCUUAGUAACUGCUGUUAUCUGGAACGCCAUACCUUCCUAAACUUAGCUGAGUAUUUUGAAAAACAUGGCUUCCAAGGAGUUGAAAAAAUAACUCAGGUGAGCAUGGACUCAUUAAAAGAAUUGGAUCAACGGCUGUUUGAAAUGUACAUUGAGCUAAAAGCUGACCCUAUAGUGGGCUCAUUGGAACCUGGCAUUUAUGCAGGUUAUUUCGAUUGGCAAGACUGCCUUACUCCAACAGGUGUCAGAAACUAUUUGAAAGAAGCCUUAGUACAUAUCAUUGCUGUACAUGCGGAGGUGUUCACUGUCUCAAAAGAACUUGUUCCCCGAGUGCUGUCAAGGAUUGUCGAAGCAGUUGCUGAAGAACUCAACAGACUCAUGCAGUGUGUUUCAUCUUUCAGUAGAAAUGGUGCUUUACAGGCCCGGCUUGAAAUUUGUGCACUGAGAGAUGCUGUCGCUGUAUUCCUUACAACUGAAAGCAACUCAAACUUUAAGCAAGCUCUGGAAGCCUUGCCUCAGCUAUCAAGUGUUGGAGAUAAAAAGUUGCUCGAAGAGCUUCUAAACACUUUCAAGAGUAGCAUGCAGUUGCAGCUUACCUGUUUUCAAGCUUCUUCUUCUACAGUGGUGAAGACAUAAGGCAGCUCUGAACUGUAAUUAUUUCACAAAAAAAGGAAAUAAUAAAUCUCAUCUGUCUUGAUGUAUUUACCCUUUCUGUACUGUUAUAUUACAGUGUUGUUCAGCGUUCUGACAGGUACCUUGCUCCACUUAUAUAAAUCCGGUCUCUUGAAUCAGAACUCCAAAUUUAAA